AUGCUUGUUCUAUUCUCCAGAACGCUCUCCCACAUCAAGUUACCCCGCCCCCGCAUUCUCAUCCAGAAGUUGUCGCAACAUCAACAUCGCCAACCCCUCCUCAGUAGACAUUACAUCCACUCAGCAACAGUCAAGAUGGCUUCCCAGACUUUCAAGUUGAACUCAGGAUACGAGAUCCCCGCUGUGGCUCUUGGUACCUGGCAAUCCGCCCCCGGCGAGGUCACAAAGGCCGUCUCCUACUCCCUCUCAGUCGGCUACAAGGCCAUUGACGGCGCCUACUGCUACGCCAACGAAGAUGAGGUCGGUGCCGGCCUCAAGGAGGCUUUCGCCAACGGCGUCAAGCGCGAGGACAUCUUUGUCGUCACCAAGCUGUGGGCCACCUACACCAUUGGCGACGACAAGGUCAAGGAGGGCCUGGAGAAGAGCUUGAAGAGCCUGGGUCUCGACUACGUCGACCUCUUCCUCGUCCACUGGCCCGUCGCAAUGAACCCCAACGGCAACCACGACAGGUUCCCCACCAAGCCCGACGGCUCCCGCGACAUCAUCCACAGCCACUCCCACGUCGACACCUGGAAGUCUGUCGAGAAGCUCCUCGACACGGGCAAGGUCCGCUCCAUCGGCGUCUGCAACUACAGCGUCAAAUACCUCGAAGAGCUCCUCCCGCAGGCCAAGGUCGUGCCCGCCGUCAACCAGAUCGAGAACCACCCGAGCCUGCCCCAGCAGGAGAUCGUCGACUACUGCAAGGAGAAGGGCAUUCACAUCAUGGCCUACAGCCCGCUCGGCUCCACGGGUGGUCCCCUGCUGACCGCGGCGCCCGUCGUCAAGAUUGCCGAGAAGCGCGGCGUCAGCGCCGGUACCGUCCUGUUGAGCUACCACGUCGCGCGCGGCAGCACCGUGAUUGCAAAGUCGGUGACGGAGAGCCGGAUCAAGUCCAACUUGGAGAUUGUUAAGCUCGAUGAUGAGGAUCUGAAGGAGCUGCGGGCGUACUCUGACGAUUUGACGGCCAAGAAGGAGCUGAAGCGCUACGUGUACCCGCCGUUUGGCAUCGACUUUGGAUUCCCGGAUAAGUCGUAG